AUGGACAACGGAUCCGAGAAGCAGAUCGCCGUUCUGUACCCCGUCGGCGGCGUCGGGCACAUCGGCCCGAUGACGCAGCUCGCCAAGGUCUUCCUCCGCCACGGCUACGACGUCACCAUGGUGCUCAUCGAGCCGCCCAUCAAGUCGACCGACUCCGGCGCCGGCUUCAUCGAGCGUGUCGCCGCCUCCAACCCGUCCAUCACCUUCCACGUCCUGCCGCCGAUCCCUCCCCCGGACUUGGCCAGCUCCACCAAGCACCCUUUCCUCCUCAUACUGGAGCUGAUGCGCCGGUACAACGAGGAGCUCGAGAGCUUCCUCCGCUCCAUCCCCCGGGAGCGCCUGCACUCCCUCGUCAUCGACCUGUUCUGCACCCACGCCAUCGACGUGGCAACGAAGGUGGGCGUCCCUGUCUACAAGUUCUUCGCCUCAGGCGCCGGGACUCUGGCCAUCUUCGCCCAGUUGCCGGCGCUGCUUGCCGGCAGACAGACGGGCCUCAAAGAACUUGGGGACACGCCCCUCGAGUUCCUUGGGGUCCCGUCCAUGCCGGCGUCCCAUCUCGUCACGUCGCUGCUGGAGAGUCCGGAGGACGAGCUGUGCAGGACCAUGAUGCAGAUCUUGGAGCGCCACGCGGACACCCACGGCGUUCUGGUCAACACGUUCGAGUCGCUGGAGAGCCGGGCCCUGCAGGCGUUGAGGGAUCCCCUGUGCGUUCCCGGCCAGGUGCUGCCUCCAGUUUACUCCGUCGGGCCGUUGGUUGGCACGGGCUUGACGAUGGACAAGCAGGAAGGAGGUUCUAGGCACGAAUGCCUCGCGUGGCUGGACGCGCAGCCAGAGCGCAGCGUGGUGUUCCUCUGCUGGGGGAGCAAGGGCGCCCUACCAAAGGAGCAGCUCAAGGAGAUCGCCGUUGGCCUGGAAAGAUGUGGGCAACGGUUCCUAUGGGUCGUGCGCACGCCGGCAGGCAGCGACGGGCCCAGAAGAUACUGGGAGCAACGUGCCGAGGCGGAUCUGGACGCGCUCUUGCCGGAGGGCAUCUUGGAGCGGACCAAGGGCCGCGGCCUCGUCGUCACGUCAUGGGCGCCGCAGGUGGAUGUGCUCAACCACCCCGCUACGGGCGUAUUCGUCACCCACUGCGGGUGGAACUCGACGCUGGAGGCGAUCGCGGCGGGGGUGCCGAUGCUGUGUUGGCCACUGGCGGGCGCGGAGCAGAGGAUGAACAAGGUGUUUGUAACCGAGGACAUGGGCGUCGGGGUGGAGAUGGAGGGCUACAUGGCAGGUUUCAUCAAGGCUGAAGAAAUAGCGGGAAAAGUGAGGCUAGCGUUGGACGCCGAGGAGGGGACGAGGCUUAGGAAACGAGCAGUGCAGCUGAAGAAAGAAACGCAGGAAGCGCUGGAGGACGGUGGCUCGUCGCAGGCGGCAUUUCUCCGAUUCUUGUCAGAUGUUGCAAGUCUUUAG